AUGGCAACUUUCCGAGGUAUAGCUCUGCCGAUAGCAACGGCCGGUGUAGAACAGAACAGAUAUACUAUAACUGAAACAGGAUAUACUACCACUGAAACAGAAUAUACUACAACUGAAACUGUACAUACAAUUAACGAUGAAUAUACUACAACUGAAGAUGAAUACACCACAGCUGAAGCUGAAUAUACUACAACUGAAGCAGAAUGCACUACAACUGAAGCUGAAUAUACUACAACUGAAGCUGAAUAUACUACAACUGAAGCAGAAUGCACUACAACUGAAGCUGAAUAUACUACAACUGAAGCUGAAUAUACUACAACUAAAGCUGAAUACACUACAACUGAAGCUGAAUGCACUACAACUGAAACUGAAUACACUACAAUUGAAGCUGAAUAUACUACAACUGAAGCUGAAUACACUGUAACUGAAGCAGGGUAUUCUACAGCUAAACUUACAUUAUAUUAUACACUAAAUCUGUUACACGACACCCACUGA